CUUAACAGAAAACCCACAUUUUGGAAAGAUGUUCUACAAAACUGCCAUGUUCCUGAUAGUAUGAGACACCAGUAUAAAAAAUGGGGAAAGAUUUUGGAAAACUUUGGCAUCUGCACUCAGGUGAGCUUUGUGCGGUACAUGCAAGGAAGAAAGACUCUGGGGGUGGACUCAAAGCUCUUCAUCGAGGAUCUGUGGUUUGAGAAAGUGCCUGUAAGGAUUUACCAGCCUAAGGCUCCAUCUGCCAGCCAAAGGAGAGGAGUUGUGUUUUUUCACGGAGGAGGAUGGGUAUUUGGAAGUCUUGAGACCCACGAAGAGCUGUGCCGCUUUAUUGCCAGAGAAAGUGAAUCUGUGGUUGUGUCUGUGGGGUACCGUUUAGCCCCCGAGCACAAAUACCCCGCUGCCUACGAAGACUGCCUGAGCGCCACCCUGCACUUCCUGCAGCACCUGCAGCACUACGGCGUGGAUCCUGCCCGCGUCACCGUCUGCGGGGACAGUGCUGGGGGCAACCUGGCAGCUGCUGUCAGCCAGACCCUGGCAGGCAGCUCAGAGCUCCCCAGACUGCGCGCUCAGAUCCUCAUCUACCCCGGCCUGCAGGCACUGGACUUCAAUUUGCCAUCCUACCAACAAAACCGGGGAGUCCCGCUGCUCUUCCGGGAACGUGCCGCUUUCUACAUGUUGCAGUAUCUCAAUGGAAAUGCAACAAAACUGGAAGAGGUCUUGGAAGGUUCCCAUAUUCCUGCAGAUAUUAAAUUUAAGUAUAAAAAGUGGGUGAGUCCAGACAACAUCCCUGAGGAAUUUAAGGUCAGAGGCUACAAACCACGUGUGCUACUUGACUGCACAACUGAAGUUUUUGAGACAGUGAAGAGAUUCUGUGAGCCCACGCUGUGCCCACUGCUGGCUGAAGACACAAUCAUCCAGCAGCUGCCAGAAACUUUCAUCCUGACCUGCGAGUACGACGUGCUGAGGGAUGAUGGCUUGCUGUACAAGAAGAGGCUGGAGGACAAUGGGGUUCGAGUGACCUGGCACCACCUUGAGGAUGGAUUCCAUGGAGUCAUAAACUCAUUCAGUAGUGACUGGUUGUCAUUUCCAGCUAGAAAAAGGGGCCUUGACAACAUUGUGAAUUUUCUAAGAAGCUUAUAGCAACAUUUUUCUUAGUUUCUGUAAGAACUGCCAAAUUUCUGUGGUCUUUUAUGCUUCUAAAUUCCAUAUAA